GACUCACUUUUCACAAUAUUUUUGGUCAUACUCUUAUUCAAAAAUAUGUUACAUUCUUUAAACUAGCUUGAGAGAGUCAGAAACAGCAUUCUUACCUUCAUAACAUCUGGGAACAUCUUACUCUGAAAGACCUUUCCAAAUAUCGAUAUGGCUAGCAACAUUCAAUCUUCCGUACAAGAAACACUGCCUCUCGCUCCAAUUCUUAUGUCUCAAACGCGUCGUCAAACGGUGCCAGAUACAGCGACUCGCAUUCCCAUGGUUGUAGAACAGUUGAUACAAUGGAAAACAGAUUAUGCAGACGAAGGAGAGAUUUGUCCCAUUUGUUUCGAGAGCCUCCAAGAAGUCAAAGAAGUUAGUGCUGAUGCAGAUGGAGAUGGCACUUGUUCUGAUCCCUUGGAAUUCAGUGGCGGACAUGGCAUAGUCGUCACGCCUUGCAAUCAUAAAUUUGGGGGUUUGUGUUUGGGAAGUUGGCUUCUUCAGCAGGAUUCUUGUCCCAUGUGUCGUAAUGUUAUCCUACCCAUCGAGCCGACACAAUCGGUUCAUCGUGUUCAAGUAAGACAGCGCUCUCGCUCCAACCAGUCGCAGGGGACCACAGCAGAUACCCAGCCUAUGGCACCUUCUCACCCUCUAACUCGAUCAACAUCUCUUAACGAUUUAACAGUCACCACUCCAUUCGAACUACAGCGAUGGAACGCUAGAUUCGGUUAUUUGAGUCAUGACGUAAAUGAAGCAGGAAACCAAGGCGCUGGGGAAAUUACUCCGAGCAAUGUUCGUUUACCUCGUAGACCUGGUACUACGACACAUGGUCACCCAGAUAUACCUACGUCUACUACCGUUGAGCCGGAAUUUACACGCCGCACAUAUAAUACCAAUAUCACAACGUACGACUUGCCACAUCGACCCAGCAAUCACCGACCUCCUUACCCAACUCGACCAUCUAUUAAUUCUACUUGGCGAAACUGGGAUUACACUAGUCGUUAUAAUUCGAACGCGGACAGGAGACAGAGAAGAAUUAUUAACUCUGUAGCUACAGCGGUGGGAGUAUCCGCAGGAUUGGGAUCUGUGAUUGGAAUGCCAAGAGCAGAGAGAAUAGUGUCAACGGGUGGAGAUGAUACUAGUGCGAGUGGGAAUCGAUCGGACAAUGAUCAUUCGAUUGUUAGAGCAAUAGGUCAUGCUAUGGGCUUGGGAACGGUAAUUGGAAUGCCAAGAGCAGAGUGGAGGAGUACGACGAGACCACUUUUGGCAAGAAGCGAGUCGGAAGAUGGUAGUAGUACCGAGACUCUAACUGCUACAAGAAGCAGAGAAUCGACGAGUGUUGAGGAAGAUUUGCGAGGAUUGCCGGGGCUAGCUAGUAGCAUGUGGGCUCGUACUUGGGGUUGAGUUCGGAAUGUCUUGUGUUAUUUCAACGCAAGAAGCGGGCUUGGAACGAUUGAUGUGGAGAACACUUUGUUUGCAGCAUGUAGUAGAGGGAUCAUCGGAAUCUUUAGCGA